UUUGAGAUGUAAGUCUUAUGUCCAGUUAAUUAUGCGGAAAUAUGACAUCAUCGAUUAGAUACUCACUGUAAGUAUUAAUAUUUAUGUAAAUAUGUUUAAAUUAUAACACUGGAUAGGUGAAAACAUAUUUACAUCACCAUAUACCUUGAUAGACCUAUGAAACAGCACCUCAUUUUUAGAUGGAUAAUGUCAUGCAUUAAUUAACAUAAUUAUCACUUAAGUGAACUAACUACUAAGUGAAAAUGCUGAGAACUGAUCGUGAUUAACAUACUAAAAAGUACAACAUUUUUGCACGCUUUUUUAGUUAAACAGAGAAAGAGAUUUUUGUACUUUAGAACUGAAUAAAGGUGAAAGGUAGCAUAUAUUUCAUGUAUAUUAGCCAAUCACAGUGGCUGGAAAAACACAACGAUAUGUUAUAGCUAAUAUCGAUCUCUAUCAACAUUUUAGAAGUCAGUCAAUAUAAUUCUCUUAUAAACAGAGGUGUAGAAAAGUCGUAUUUAUUGUUACACUUAUAAACUUUUGACAUUAUUCUUCAGAAAUGUCAGUUUCCACCUAUUGGAAAGAGUUACUGGAUGUAUUACUAACACGUCCAGUUUUGUAACGCACAGUCAUUGGGAUACUCACUCGGUGUUAAAGUAACUGUAAAGAUGUUCUAUUACAAGUAUAGAAAAACAGGACAGUUCCAGAUUAGUUAGAAGAAGUCGUAAUGUCAAACUUCACAACUAACACGACAAAUGCAACAAAUGGGUAUAUUUGCCUUAAAACAGGUGGCAAAAGUUCGCCAGAAGUUAGAUACAUUGUUGUAGGAGCAAGUAUUGUCGUCAUGUUAUUAAUAAUUUCAAGCAAUUCCAUUUUAAUUAGAGCUUUAAGAAGUGGAAAGUGUACUAGAACAGAUAAAUAUUUUCUGGUCCUAUCGGUUUCGGAUCUUUGCGUUGGUUUGUUCGCCGUGCCGUCUGUUCUAUUACUAUAUGUUGGUUUCACAGAAGAAACAUUGUGUGCAAUUUUUCCUUUCGUAGCAUUUUUUCUUGUGUCUCCAUACUUAUUUUCAUGGGUUAUGACGAUCAUAAUAUCAAUCGAUAGGUGUGUGUUAGUUACUCAUCCGAACUUUCAUUCUGGAUUUUGCAAACCCGUUCUAAAGUACUUCAUUCCAUUUUGUUUGCUCGGCACUGUUGGAGUUGGCAUCUCUUUCUUUUUACAUGAUUUCUAUGAAGAAAAUAUAUUAUUAAAGAUGUCAGACGCGAGAAAUUAUAGGUAUAAACUACUUAUUACACAAGUUCUCACAACUGGAGGAGGACUUUUAUUAACGAUUGCAGUGGGUGCAACCCAGAUUUAUUUAAUGUUGCGUGUUCGAAGUAAUAUGGCAAAAAUGGAUGGCAAUCGUCAUGCCAAUGUUGAUUAUAACAGACGAAUAACCGAUACAAUUGCGAUGAUGUUUUUCAGUGCUGCGUUAUGUAAUAUAUUUUAUAUGGUUAUUUUCACUUUAACACAUUUUAUGAGUAAAGAUUUCGAAACGACGUAUUUUAUGAUACGUUUAAGUAACGCAGCUUCUAUAGUUCUGUAUUCGAAUUCAUUUUUCAAUUCAAUUAUUUUGUUAACCAGGAGUUCAAAGCUAAAAAAACAAACAAUAGCAAAACGAAAAUGAAAUUCGAAAGUGGGAAACAAACAAAAAGGAAGAAAAAUGCAUUGAAAAUUUACUAAUUGCAAUUGAUUCAGAAUGCAAUAAUGAAAAUAAAAAAUCAUCCUCUCCUUCUUCGACGCAGCAAGAUGAAGAAAAACAAGAAAAAGAUGUACUUUUUGUUUAAUAUCUAAAUAUAAUUAAAUAUCAAAUGUAUCUAAUGAGUUUGAUAAAAUGACUAAAUGUUACAAUUGUCCUUUUAUGCGACAAAAUUUCUUAGAUUCAUAUUUAUUAUCUAAGAAAA